AUGUGUGCAGUUGUCUGCCUAGAAUUAUCCCUUCUCGCUAUGAUUUUCAGUUGGAUUAAUUUGAGGAUAAUCGAGGAUUUUCGUGGACAGGGGCUUGUGAAGGCGAUUCGUCUCUCUUGGCGCAUAAAAUGGCGUCGGCAACGCACAUCCCAGAGGCAGGUGGGAUGGUACGAUGGUGACUCAGAUGACAGUGAAGACGAAGUGAUAGUGGAGAGUGGAGAAGGUGUAAAUCAUCUUCCGGAGGCGCCCAAUGUCAUGCUUCGGCUCAUUUGGUGGGAGGGAGAUUCGGAACCAGCUGAGGAAAUGAUCAGUGCCUCGUUCUCCUCUUACACUCUUCACAAUCUGCGUAAGUCUGAUUGA